CGCGGCUUUAUUCUAGAACGGUGAAACGCGGAAAAGUAGAAAGUUCUUUUCGACCGUCAGCACACCCCUGUCGGACAGAAACUUGUUUGCCUUUUUUCUGUUCCUUUUUUGUUUGUUUCUGUUUUAAUAUUUGCUGCAAUUGGAAAAAAAAAGAUGGCGGGCUAUAUUGUAGGAUUGUUCUGAGUUGACCGCUUAGUGACUAUGAUGCCGUUGCCAUUGUGGUUCAAAGGGCUAACACCUGAGUUGAGUAAGAAAGCCGCCGAAGAAUUGGGCGAAACAGCCGAUGUGAAAAAGAAAGCUCUGAUCGAGUUCAAACACCUUAUUGAAGAACAGCAUGACAUUAAAUGUCGAACUGAUGACAGUUUUCUUCUACGUUUUCUGAGAGUGAAAAAAUUCGACACCCAAAAGGCUUUUCGGACAUUUCGGAACUAUCACGAGUUUAGGACGAAACAUUCAGGUGUCUUUACGUGUUUGAAGCCUUCAGAUGUUAGGAAUGUCAUAGAUAUGAACAUCAUUAACUAUGUGUCCUACAGAGUAUCUGAUGGCUCUCACGUUGCUAUGUUUCGAUUGGGGAAGCUCGAUACAAAUGUAGUAAAGCUGGAAGAUCUUGUGGCAACUGUCCUGAUCUGCGGCGAACUUAUAUUCGAAUGUGAAGCAACGCAGAUUUGUGGAGGGAUCCUCAUCAUAGAUUUUUUAAACAUAUCUCUUCAACAUUAUGCAAUGUUCUUAAAUCUUUCCUUUGUAAAAUUUACCAUCAACACCUUUCAGGACUGUUGGCCGGAUCGAGUAAAAGGAAUCCAUUUCGUAAACCAACCUGCUGCGUUAACAGCUAUAUAUCACUUAGUAAAACCAUUUGUCAAAAAGAAACUCUUACAAAGAGUUCAUUUUCAUGGAAGUAAAUUGGAAAGCCUGCACGAAUUCGUGCCUAAAGAACUUUUGCCAGAAGAGCUUGGAGGAACAAUGGGACCAUUUAACAACAAAGAAUUUGCCUCGUAUUUUUACAGUCAAGAAAGUUUUAUCUCAAAUAUAAACCAGUACGGAAUCAUCAAAACAUAAAUUUUCAAAUUUUUCAUCUUGUUUAUUAUUGAUUGAUUUUAUAUCUUAAUAAGCUCAAGUAAAUGUGAUAGACUUUUAAGGUUGUUAAACCAUUACAGUUUAAAACAUGUUUUAUUUUAUGUUAUUUGAUUAAAUCUUAUUUUGAAAGUG